AAGGUCUGUGUAAUUAUUGCAGUUUGAGUAAUGACAUUUUUAUUCACUUUUUACAGUAUUUUAUCUCACAUAUUUCCUUCUGUUGACGGCAGUUCAAGCCCGCAUGAAGUGUGGUCUGUGCAGCCGGACAAGAUAAGUCCAAAGGAAAUGAACAUGCAGUAUAUCUGCCACUCAUACUGUGUUAGUAAUACCCAACACAUUCAUAAAACAAAGCUGUUCGAAGAGUAGCCUACCUUGUGCUGGGUACCAUGCUGGGUAUUAUUGUCCUAUUGCUCUUGCCAUACUUGGCCCGCAGCUGCCCUGUCCAUUGUGAGUGUUAUUUAGACGUGGCCGUCCGGUGUGUUGGCCCCAAGAUCACGGACGUGCCAGGACAGAUGCCUUCCAACAUGACCCUGCUGCAGCUCAACGUCACCAACAUCAACGUCCUGAACAAAUGGAGCCUCCAAAACAUGAGCCUCUUGUUGCGUUUCAGCCUGAUUCAAGGCCCUCUCCAUACCAUCCACCCCCUGGCCUUUUACACCACCCCGCAGCUCAGGUCCAUCAAACUCUCCCUCAACAAACUCGUGGCCCUCCCCGGCAAGGUGUUCAGUCCACUGGCUGACCUGGAGCAGCUCCUCCUCGACGCCAACCGACUGGAAUCGAUCCCUUCGGAGAUGCUCAGAGGACUGACUAGACUGCAGCAUCUGGAACUGAGCAGCAACCAGAUCUCCCGUCUGGACCCGGGGGUUUUCGAUGGACUGAGCAGCCUCACUUUCCUGAACCUCGGUGGGAACCUUAUCAGCGCCCUCGCCCCUGGGACCUUCCGUUCGCUGACCGCCCUGCGCCGGCUCAUGCUCUACACCAACCGGCUGGAGGUGCUGGGGGACGACGCCCUCUUUGGUCACCUCCCCGAGCUCGUCGAUCUGAAAAUCCACAACAACCACAUCACACGCCUCGCGCCCAAGGUGUUUUGGUCCCUGGGGAAGCUCUCCUCACUCACUUUAUCAGGCAACCAGCUCCAGGAGAUCCCAGAGAAGAGCUUCUACCACAUGCCACAACUAGUAAAACUAACCCUCUGGACUAAUCCGCUGCGGUCCCUCCCGGCACGUUUGAUGGGCCACACACCUUUCAUGCAGGAGUUUUAUCUGUUCAGCACUGCACUCGCCACCGUUCCAGGGAAUCUGUUUGCAAACAUGACCGGCCUUCUGCGCCUUAACCUCCAUCUCAACUCACAGCUGCAGGUGCUACCGGCUGAGCUGUUUCACGACCUUCCCAAGCUUAAAAAACUCUCGAUUAGGGGCAAUGAUCUCCGCACCCUACACCCAGACCAGUUCUCCAACCUCGCCUCGCUGUCCGUUCUGAACCUCAAUGACAACAAGCUCAGGUCCUUGCCCAGUACCAUCUUUCAGAAUCUGAAGGUGGUGUCUGCAAUUGAUCUGAAAAAGAAUGAUCUGCAGACCCUCCCGGGAGAGAUUUUCCACUCCAAUGGAGUCUUAGCGAAACUCUCUCUGACAGACAAUCGGUGGCACUGCGACUGCCAGAUAGAAGGUCUGGCCUACUGGCUCAGAGCCAAUAAACAGGUGCUUGAUGACAAGGCUGUGAUGUGUCAGAGCCCCUUGUACCAAAUGCUUCGACCACUUUGGUCUCUGGGUGAGAGGGACUUUUAUGCAUGCAUUCCUCUAGCAGUCGGUUACUUUCCUAGACAGAGAGGGAGUCAGACUAAGAUAUCGACCUCUCGUCAAUCUCCAGCACUGACGACCUACCAACCGAGUACUUCACAGUCUACGACGUUCCCAUUGGCCAGCUCCACCCCCGCCUCAACGGCUUGGCCUCCUCGGAUAACAACCACAGCGUCCACCACCGCGUCCACCACCGCCGCCGCCACCACCGCCACCAGCAUCUCCCCUGAAGCAUCAUCAGCUCCUCCCAGCAUUCCAAGCAUUUCCAUGGAACACCACUCUCGUCCUUUCUAUGAUAGGCUGGUGCUUGAGCAAGGGCCUGAGUUCGUGCACCACCACCACCAUCAGGGCUGGGUCUCUGUGUGGACUCUUCCUUUGGACGCGGCCCAUCUUGGGCUCCACAUGACAAGCCACAUCCUGCUGAUGGUCACUGGGGCACUGCUAAUCUUUGCUUCCAUGUGCGGGAUGUACCGCUUGGAGAAGGUCAUGCGAGAGCUAUGGGUGGAGGACAAAGAUGGCCGACGUGCACUACAAGGCAGUCGCAGAGUCCAGUCCAGGCACGGAACAAUGGGCCUCUCGGUUGUUCUUCACCUCCUGCUGCUCCUCAGUACCCUCACCGCUGGCCUCUCUGCAUGUCCUGAGGGCUGCCAAUGCACUGCCAAAAUCACCUGCUCCGAAUUGUCAACCUUCCCCACUGCAGUGCCUCCAUCCACCAUGGCUCUCGUCAUCACCAACUCCAGUCUCCCGUCCCUUCGAGGGGGAGACUUUGCGGGCUUCGCCGAUUCCCUUCGCGCCAUCGCAGUGAAAGACUCUGUGUUGGGAGCAGUGCAACCCGGUACGUUUGAUUCCACCGUCAACCUGGAGGCCUUAGUUUUCACCGAUACCGACUUACAAGAUCUCCCCGAGGCCUUGUUCCAAUACCUCCCGCGUUUACAAUCUCUGAUCUUAAAUGGCAACCGGCUCCUGGAGCUCCAUCCGAGCUGGUUCGCCUCCCUGUCGGCUCUGGCGGCUCUUGACCUUAGCGGGAACCAGCUUUCUUCCAUUCCCAAGGAGACAUUUCGACCGCUGGCUCACCUGAAGUUCCUCAUGCUAAGCGGGAACAAUAUCAGUGAGAUUUCCGGGAAGAACCUGCAAGGCCUUAGUCAGCUGAAAAGCUUACGCCUGAACAAAAACGCCCUGCGGGAGAUUCCCGCCGGCUUCCUGGACGACCUCGCCAGCCUGGAAGAGUUGUCCCUGCAGGACAAUCUGCUCACUCACCUUCCACGUGACAUGUUCUCCAAAACACCCAACCUCAAAAAGCUCUUUCUGUCCCACAACCAGCUCACCACCCUUUCAGAGGGGCUCUUUCUGAACCUGCCACAUUUGUCCCACAUCUCCUUGUACGAAAACCACCUGGAAACUCUGGGCCCCGGCGUGUUCGGACCCAUGCCGUUGAAUCAGCUGUGGCUCUACGACAACAAGUUGAGCCGCCUUGAAGCCGACACCUUCAGCAACCUGACCCAACUGCAUCUGCUGGUCCUUAGCCGCAACCAGAUUAGCCACGUGUCCCCUGGGGCGUUCAGCGGCCUGGAGCAACUGGGCGAGGUGUCCCUGCACACCAACCGCCUCACAACGUUGGAGGCUGGCACUUUCCAAGGUCUGCCCGGUUUGGUCAACAUUUCGUUGGAGCACAACACCAUCAGCUCCCUCCCUGCGGGGUUCCUCCGGGGAAUCGGACAUCUUGGUCAGGUGGACCUGCACAAUAACUCCCUCUACAACCUGCCCCUGGAGGUCCUGGAUGACUUGAGGGUGGCGGACGAGGUGCUCCUGCAUCACAACCCUUGGACAUGCGACCAGGACAUUGUGCCACUCAGGGACUGGUUGAGGAGGUACCCGUCGAAAGCAAAUCACAGCCUUGUCGUGUGUAACACACCCUUCAAACUUAGCGGUGAGAAGAUCGAUGGGCUCGUGGAUGAGGACCUGCUUGUUCGGAGGCCUACCGAUGGGCCUGCAACAGAAAAAAGUACAAAGGCUGAAACUCUUUCCCAGGAGAAAAGCACAGCCACCGCUGCAACGGUCGAAACCCCGAUCACCUCAGGGAACGGGAUGAACUCGACUGAUGGACCAGGGAAGGAAGUGCAAGGGCUUGUGUCCAGGAAACGCACCGUCAUAAUAAUCGCGGUUGUGUGCACUGUUGUAAUCUGCAGUCUCAUCGCCUGCCUGGUGUGUUACAGGAGGAGCAAAAAGAGAGACAGCCGCAAUCUGGGGCAAAGAAAUAAGUCCAACAUGUACUCGCUGUAGACUAGACCACCCGAGAUCGUCUACCACGACAUAUGAGAGCCAAGGGAGUCAAUCCAUCUGCUGAGUACAGCAGUGAAGGAUCAUUAGCAGCGUGGUCACCUAGGAAAUUGUAGGUGCCAGAGUUUUCAGGCUGUGAUAACCCUAAUUGACUACGUCUUCUUAGUGGCAUUGAUGUACUUGCAGCUGAGCGCAGGGUCAGAUGAAAUAGUCAACUUGAAGACAUAGUCAAUGUUAACACUUCUUGUGUUAAGGUAAAUUCCUGUCAGCUGAUAUAAUAAACUUGAGUUUAAAUGCUUUCUAAACUGUAAUUAAAAAUAAAAAAUUAAGCAAAUUGCAUUAAUCAUAAUAAAAUCAAUUUUUAUUUGAUGGCAAAUGCUUCAAUAUUUUCAUACGAGAUUAGAAUCAUGCAUUUUGCGGAAUAAAAGUCCUUGUUCUAAUGUAAUUCUUUUUUAAAUGAUCUUGAAUAUGUUAAUACAUUUAAUUGGUAUGAUUAACAGCCUCUUUUGCAAUAUAAUUUUCCUGUUCUUUUUUUUUUUUUUUUUUUUUACUGUAUAUUGGUUGUCAGGCCUAUGAUCCAUUCUCAGGAAUGCAUCACAGUUUACCCCACCCUUUCACAUGUGUUCAACAGGGCAACUUUAUGUGAAUAAUACAAAUUCCAGUCAGACGUUUUGUUUAUCAUAUAAACUGUUCCAACAAACAUUUACCUAAAAAGUUUGGGUAUCAGUUCGUAUCAGUUCAGUGUUCAUAACAGAGUAAGUGCACUGCAACUCUCCGUCAGAGACUGAAUUCCAAAAGAGUUCUCGUACCAGGCAGGGCUCGCUGCCCUGCCUUGUUGAUGUGUGGAGGGGUGAGCAAUGGAGCAUGCUCUGCUCAGUAAACUCCGGGCAGUGCCCUGGUUGUGUACUGUAUGCAUAGUACGACAUCGUCAGACCUCAGCCUUCCAUCUCAUAUCAGGCAAUACAACUUCAGAUCUGGUGUCACCAAAAUGAUGACGAUGGCUGCCUGAAUAUCUUGAUAUCGAUACCGAAACGAUACCCACUGCAAAGAACCUAAAACAUCAGAAGCCAUUUGUGUUCAGUUUACUUUAUUUGCCUACUGUAGUGUGCAGGCUAAUAAUUCUGGUUUUGAGAUCAUCAUAGACAUUAUUUUUAUGCUCAAUAAAAUUGGAGUUCAUGGCUGA